CAGUCAUGCUGUUUUCUGAGUAUAUGCAGAGAAAUUAUCAGAACAAAUUUUAUACCAAGGCACAGAACUUGGUCCAACUUUUGACAAGGGAAUACAACAGAGUUCUUAAGGAUUAUGACGUCAUGAUAAUGCCUACACUUCCGGGGAAGCCAUUUAAACUUCCUACGACAAGUAACUCAACUCAAGAAACCUUGAAAUUGCUGUUAGGAAUGGUGAAAAACACAGCCCCAUUUAACUCAACUGGACACCCUGUCCUCACUAUUAACGCUGGAUUUAGUGAAGGGUUGCCCUGUGCAAUGUCGAUUGUGGGGAAAAUGUUCGAUGAAGUAACGAUUUUACAGGUCGCAAGAGCGUACGAGAAAAUUCGGGACGGGUCGUGAUUUUGAGCUUUAUGACAGAUAUGCAGAGAUUCACAAAAAUGUAUACGUAAUAUAU